GAUACGGUGUGCGCUGCCGACGCUCGGAUACCAUGCGCCGCCGACGGGACUCGGGGAUACCUCCACUCGGCUGGAUUGCGCUCCUGGCGGGCUUCGCCUCCUCCGCCUCUUCUUCAGCCGGCGCAGGAAAUGCGCGGAGAAUUCUGCAGCCCGGAGCACAAGAACCGGCACCGAAUGUGGCGCACGUCACGGCGCUCGCGGGCGGCGAGGCGCUCCUCCCGUGCGACCUGUCCCCGGACAACGACUCGGUGGCGCUGGUGCUGUGGUACAAGGACGCGCUGCCCACGCCCGUCUACUCGGUGGACGCCCGGCGCGGGGAUGUGUCGCAGGCGCGACACUCGUCCAUCGCCUGGGGCACCCGCGCCUACUUCGUCACCCAGCCGACGCCCGGACUGCGGCUGCAGGCCCUCGCCGUGACGGACUCGGGCGUGUACAGGUGCCGCGUCGACUUCCGCAAGGACCGGACGCGCAACCACGAGAGCUCGCUGCUUGUCAUCGAACCACCAGGAACCCCUGUGAUAAGGGAGGCCGUCGGCGACCGCGAGCCUCUUCGGAGUCUCAUCGGUCCCUACAAUGAAGGGGACAGCUUGGCACUCGUGUGCGACGUCGAAGGUGGCGUUCCCGAGCCCAGCGUCACCUGGUGGCGAGAAAGCGUGCCGCUGGAGAGCGUGCUCACCGAGCACCGGCCGGGCGUCCGCCGCAGUGCGCUCGGGCCGUUCGUUCUGCGUCGCCAGGACCUGAUGGCUGUGCUCGUGUGCCAGGCAUCGAAUUCCAACCUGACAUCGCCGCUCACGACGUCCGUGACACUUGACAUGAACUUCCGUCCGCUAGAGGUGAGCGUGGAGGCGGUGAGCCCCACGCUGGAAGCCGGCAAGACGGGCUGGCUUUCGUGCCGCGCCGUCGGCUCUCGCCCUCGAUCGCGCAUCACGUGGUUGCUGGGCGAUCAGGUGCUCACCGGGGCUCGACAGAACGAGUCGCUGGACGGCAACGUGACCCUCUCCUGGCUCGCACUUCGCCCAACUGCGCGGCACCACGGCCGCAUGCUCCGGUGCCGGGCCGACAACGACCUGAUCCCCGGCUCGGACAUCUUCGCAGAGUUCAGGCUGCAGGUGCUUUUCCCACCGAAGCUCACGCUGCGCCUCGCGUCUAGCCUGCGACGCUCACAGCUGCGCGAGGGUCAAGACGUCUACCUGGAAUGCGUUGUCGAGGCGAAUCCUCCGGUCUCCGAUGUGAGCUGGUGGUUCGGCGACCGGGAGCUCUUCACCGACUCCACGGGUGGUGUCCUCGUCAACAACCGAUCAUUAGUGCUUCAGAAGGUGCGGCUCGACGCCAGAGGACCCUACAGUUGCAGCGCCGCAAAUUCGCAAGGGCAGGGUUCCAGCAACACGCUCUUCCUGAACUUCCAUUAUGCACCUGUUUGCCGCCGCGGGCAACCACAAGUGUACGGCGCGGCGUCCAACCAGCCAGUGCGGGUCAAUUGCGAGGUGCAGUCGGAGCCGGCUCCUACUUCGUUCCACUGGCGACUGGGCAACGAGUCACUGACCAACUUCACUAGUCUAGGCCACUCGAGUCAUGUGACCUUGGUGCCCCGCCGCAUACCCCAGGAUCUCACUAAGCGGCUGCUUUGCUGGGCCACCAACGACGUGGGCACACAACGUGAGCCAUGCGCUUUCAGCCUGGUGCCCGCGCGAGACCCGGAGACUCCGCGCAACUGCAGCCUGCACAACCGAACCGCUAGUGCGUUCGCCGUCGAAUGCGAACCAGGCGAUGACGGCGGCAUGCCACCUGUGUACGUGCUUCAGGUGCUUGACCAGUUCAACAGGAGCGUGCUUCAAGCAAAUGCUUCCGACCGCCCAGCCUGGACUGUGAGCGGCCUGAACAGCGGCACUCGCCUGUCGGUCAUGCUAUACGCCGUGACGUCGAAAGGCCGAAGCCCGCUUACCCUGCUUCGCAUCAAGACACUGGCUGGCUCCCAGUCCCUGACCGAACCCCUGUGGUCGGGCAGCCUCAGCCCGAUUUUAGUGGCACUCAUCGCUUGCGCCGUCGGGCUGGUAGCCAUCGUGUUUCUCGUCACAGUACUGCUACGCUACCGCAGCGCCAAGGAGAGACACAAGCCGGAACCAAUCAAGGGAGAUGACGAAUUACAAAUCGCCCCUCUUCACCAGUACCCUGAUGGCGUGUUGAAACUCCGAAGCCCUCAGAGCGAAGAAAAGUGCCCGGAUGUUGUGCUUGAUGUCAGUGGCAGCGACGAGCGGCUCAAGGAAGAAGAGGAUCGCCCGUCUGAAGCCGUGCGGUGGAAAGGCUGGACAGAAGCUGAUGCUGAACACGACAAAGCGAUGCUCGGACGAUCUCCGCUGCAGGAAUACCAGUCCAAGAACGGAGGGCAGACUCGAGCUGUGCUGAGCGAGCCGGUCUCCACCGCGGUCUCCACUGUGGUGCCCUCGCCUGUGGCCGCUCCUGCCGUCGCCGUUCCCCCCACACUGUGCGCCGAGACGACUGUGGACGAAGUGUCAGAGUGUGUCGUGGUGCCGCCUCCACUCAAGUAUCGCCAGACAAUAGUGUGAGAAGCGACGACGAGGUGCGAGGCUGUUCAUGCCGUACUAUGUGACACCGCAAGUGCUGUCGCUCCAGCCAGUGACACAUUCGCCUCGGCGGAAAGUGUCGAACUGAACUGAAGCCAGGAGUGAGCCACGACGAAAGGGCAGGAAGUGACAGAGUCAUCCUCACUUCCAGGAGAGUGCUGCAAAUGUGCUCACAAACGUGAACUCGUUACUCCCGCUUCAGCGGUCGGUCGCGCGAGUGGUCGCCGUCUUGCGAAAUUUGACUUUCCGCGUUGGUUACCUUCUUCCGAGAUCCAGUGGCGUUCGAUGCAGUAAGUGCAACGUGUGUUAGAAGGUCACCGCAUAGGCCCGAAUUGAAUUCCGUGUCGUUGAGCCCUCUACGGAAUCGUCCCGAGCACGAGAGCAGUGUACGCUUCAUUGCGUUAGUCCUGUGUAUUCGGGGAACCAACUAGACAGAAGGAACUUUACGCACUGCGGUGCACAUGAGCGGAAUAUUUGUUCCUCGCGCCACUAGUUGCCCAAAACGUUGGCACAACCUGCCGAUAGCACAGAAUUCUAUAAAAGCAUUGCUAAGCAAAAAAUUAUGCGCAGAAAUCGCCGAGCUACUUUUGAGGUUAUGACUAGCACUCGUGCCGAGUUUGCUUCCAUUUGGCACUGCUUCGUUCGGAAAGACCAACAUAGGCGCCUUCUUUAUUUGUUUAGGCUACGUUCUGCGAUUAGCCGAAAAAGUGUUCGCUUAGCAGGUAAGCGUUUACGAUUGAUACAUAAGUAAUUUUCUAUAGAUAAUCUCAUACAAUGAUAAUCUCAUACAAUACAGUCUCAUGUCUCAAUCCAACAGGUAAAAUGGAUACCUUCGGCUUAUGUAUUUGGGUAAAUCGAGACAAAUCUUGGACAACAGCAAUCGUAGCGAGUCAAUUGGCUUAUAUUUCUUCUAAUGAAAUAAAUAAAUAAAUAAAUA